UUCGGUACGUUCUUAUCCUAAGUUGUUGGAGUAAAAGUUCAACGCUGGCAUAAUUUAAUUUGUCUUUAGUGGAGAAAAAAGUCUUCUUGAAAACGAUUUGAGAAACCGUUGCUUCCGUGAGCAGCAUAUUUAAAGCGUCUAAUUUGGCUGCUGUUGUUAUGGAAACCACAACACAGAGAGAACCAAGAAGUGACAGUGCAGACCAUAAAGUCGAAUCCAAGCAGAAGAAGUGUCUUUCCACACGGGCUGUUAGGAUUGCGGCAGUUCUGGUCGGCAUUUCCCUGGCAGCCGUUGCUGUUUUGUCUGCUUAUGCCGCGGGUGCGUUUGAUUCCAAUCCAGAUUUACCCGAAAUUAUGGAAGGUGAAGCUACAUUAACCACUGAUGAUGGCAAGGGUGAAGUUUUCCAUGUUAUGAUCGAUUAUAAGAGGAAGCUAAUCCAACUAACUUCAUUGAAUGAUCCGGCAGCAUCGCCACAGUUAUUCGGAAGGCGUCUCAUGUCCUUCGAAGAAAACAAAACAGCAAAUGGGACGCGAAUUAAUGCAACAAAAAUCGUCCUACAGGACUACAACGCGAAGACAAAGUACUUUAUUGUUCCAGAGCAUGGAAAUUCAACAACAAAGUGCAUUUAUACUAAUCUUGAGGGAGACAUGAUUCCGAGGCAUCUACUGAAACACGCUACUCUUAAAUCGGAAAGCGUCGAGGGAAAUACCACUCAUAGCCUAUACCAAGUCGAAAAUGACACUGAUGUGGACGUUUAUCGAGCGAAAGGGUAUAAUGGAAAGAUUUACGAGGUUUAUUUACAUCUCCCAAACGGUAGUAUUCAUAUGCGUUCUAAGGAAAAAGAAAUGAACUUCACGGAUUAUAAACAUCUGAACUGCUACAGGUAUAUUGAAGAAAACGACACAAUCGAGGAGGCCUUUCAUCGCUCAAACGACUCGAAGCUUUAUCAAGAAUCAACCAGAUCUUCAGAUCCUGAGUUAGAGAAAAAUAUUCAGGAAACCUCGUCCAACUUGACUCAGCUGUUGAACCAAAUGACUUCGUUUGGCAAUGAAAGUUUGGCCAAUCAACUACCAAUGAUAUCAAGACGCCGCCGCCGGGGAAUUGGAUGGCGCGGAGGGAGUUUGGACUGGUGGUACGGAAACUGGUGUGGGGGCUACCAGGGUGGUUACACUAGGUACCCAAAGCCAUCUUGCAAUGAUGAUUGCUGGCGCACUACAAGCUAUGUGAACAGCGCCUGUCGUAGGUGCCUCCCGACAAUAAACGGAUUAGAUGAAGCAUGUAUGGAGCAUGACAGAUGUAUCAUUCAUCGUGGCAGUGGUCCUUGGUGGUGCCAGCCUAUUGGAAAUCCAUGCAAGUGUGACAGCCCAUUCGUAUGGAGAGCCUUCUCCCAAAUAUGGACCUGCCCAUCCCUAAGCUGUAAAUUCAACGCCCUCCAAGUCUACUUGACAUUUAAAAGGUUGUUAUCCUGUUGGUUUCCCGUCAGGAUUUGCUUUCCUUGGAUCCGGAUUAAAUGCAGAUGCUGGUUUUGUUUGUGUCCAAGGAUUUUCAUAGACCGGAAGUGCAUUGAAUUCAAGAUGUGCGCUUUCUUUGGUUCAGGAGAAGUUUUUCUCUAGAUUAAUAGGCGUAUUUACCCAGCAGACCAAACACUGUUAAGCAACAGAUUGUCUUCAAAAAUACAACGUUAUGACAAACUAAUUGAUAUUAAAAGUGAAGGUGAUUUUAUAGAAGACAUAAGAGGGAUUAGAGUAAGACAGGAAGGAGGGGAUAACUCCAUUGUUCUCUGCCAUAAACUGUCGUUUAACCACCACUGCAUAUAUGACGUUACAUAGCAACAUAGAAGAUUCGCUUAGUUUGCUGAGUCUAUCGUGAGGACAGCAAUAGUCGUAGUUGACUAAGACGAGGCCACUGCAAGCUCCUAAUGGGCUGUCAUUGGCUAAUUUUCCGUGAGUCUGCAAACUUUUCUGUUUAUAUUGUCUGCAAGUUUAAUUGCGUAAUGCUUUGUGAAAGUGUUUGUUUGUUUGUAAUUUCACGGAAUACAGUUCGAGGCAGGUGCGGCUGACCGCCACGUUUACUUCCGCACGUGUCAAAACAAAUAAAAAAGUACUUGAACAAAUCAGCCUCAUAAAGGGAGGUUUUAUUCCUUAGUUAUGUAACGCAGUAGUUAGUUAUGUAAGUUUAUACUUAUGGUUAUUCAGGUUGAGUCCAAUUAGUCAUUUUGCUCAUCAAUCCUUUUUAAUAUAAGUUUGAAGUUGUCGUUGUAUUAAGUGGUGAUGAGCCACGAUUGAAUACUUAUCUUGUCUGCUAGUUUUGUUAAGACCUUGGUGAGAGCCACAGAUUAUAGUUAUUCAGCUUUCUGGCUUGUGUUUUUUUUUCGCUUGUGGCCCUUUAUUUUGAGUGCCUAAUGUGCUCCUGUGAUUAGUUUUCUCAGGCUAGCUGUUAUAGCCAGAGUGUUUACUUGUCUUAAUCUUAACCGCUACACAUUUCCUUGUAAAUUUGUUAGGAUCAUUUGAUGUUGGAUCAGGAUAAAAACUUCUACCUGAUGAGUAUGAGUAUCUUCAUUGCGGGUUUGCUAGAUAGUAUGGGAUAUUAUAGGGAGAAGUUUCACGUUAAUCACUUCUGGGAGCUAAUUUGAGUAUUCAUUUGAUGACAAGAAAUGGUACUGGCUUGUGUUAUUAAUAUCUAAAGGCCAAGGGGUGUUGACCACUGCGCCUUAAUCUGAUAAAAAAGAAAGGCUAUCGGCUUGUAUUUUAAUUUUCUCAUAACCAAAGAGAGUUUGCAUGUGUGGUAAAUUUGUGCAUGUGUGGUAAAUUUGAAUACUUUGUCUAUAUUUAGAUGAAUUGUUUUUUAUUUACUUGUAUAUUAGUUGCUUAAUAUGUAAGGAUUAAUAAACGUAUUGUGCUUUGUAUGCAAUUGGUAGGCUUGUUAUUGUUGUGCGAUAUCUUUUCUGACAAUUCUUGGCCUUUCAUUCCACAAGGGCA